AUGACGCGGGCUGAGCUCACAGGGGGACCCGCCGCAUCACAGGGAGCUGUCCCCAAGGGGAGGAGCUUGCUGGGAGGUUGUGAGCUGCUCGACCCGGGGCCUGACGCGUCUUUCCCUUGCCCUCCAGAGAUUGUGGCCAUUUGGGACGCUGUCUCCAAUUACAUCCUGGAGCAGAUGCUGCUGGACAAGGGUGUCCUGGUAGCGGGGUUUGGCACCUUCUGCACGGUGCGAGAGGAACUGCGCCUGGGCCCAGAAGACGUGCUCAUGGUGCGAAGACCCGUCUUCCAGCUGGCCAUGUACCCAGUCUGGCCACUGUGGCUGAAACGCGCCAAAGUGACUCUCCCUGACGACAUCGAGAUCGAGCCGUUGAACUACCGGCACUUGUCGCUGGCCACCUCCUUGCCGCGGGCCGUGGUGGAAGACUGCGUGGAUGAGACCAUCCAGCUGUUCUCUUCCUACCUGCAGUACAAGGAGAACGUCUCCUUUGUUUUCAAGGACAUCGGGGUUCUGGCCCGCCAAGGAGACAAAGUGCGCCUCAAGUUUUAUGCCAGCUGCCUGCAGCGGCUGGAGAGCACUGCGAGCCUGAUUGCCGCCCUUCGCAGUAGACCAUGGGCCACGGAGCCGGUUGUCCCCAGCCCCCAGACCGCCAACCCAUGGAUCCCGCCUCGCCCCGUCUACAUCUUCCCAAGGUUUCAGCUGGUGGUCGAAGGCAGCCCAGAAGCCAAGGCUGCCCCCGCUGGCUCCCUCUGGGGGAAGAAGGCGGCGGAGGAGCUCAGGAGCGCCAGGCCCAGCAAAGAGCAGCGUCCCGGCAAGCUCCUGCAGCACCGCGAGGAGCUUUGUCUCCCCGUGCUGCCAAGCUCAGGGGCAGGCAGGAGGCGGCAAGGCCCGGAGAAGCAGCCUGCUGCCAGGACCUUUAUCAACAUCUUGGGCCACCUCACGGCCACCUCGCUGGAGCAGGAGGCGCACGUUGAGCACCUCCCGCAUCCUCCCGCCGGACCUCGGACCGGCCCUGCCAGCGCCGCUCCCAGGGCUGCAGCACAGGAAACAGCCAGCCCUCGCACGCAGCGCCUUCCCAGAGCUGCCCGCCUCUCCCUCUUCCAAGAGAAGCAGAGGCAGGAGCAAGCAGCACUGGAGGAACUGCAGGCCAGGGUGGAAAGGAGCGUCCGGCAUCAGGAAAGGUUGCGGAUUCUGACGAAGCAGCUUCACCUGGACCAGCGCUGCUCCGCAGACACAGGCCGGCCACUCAAAAAGGAGCUCUCGCCACGAGCAAAGCAGAACGUGCAGCUCACAGCAUCCUACCGAGUGCUUCGGGACAGCUGGAAGGAGAAGGUGGAGCAAAACCGCCAGAGGCUGGAGCAGGAGGAGGAGCAUCAGCGUGCUUUGGCGAUGUGCAGCCUGCGCAACAAGGAGCAGCGGGACCACAAGCUGGGCGCUUACAAGGGGAACAGAAGCGCUUUUUCCCCACAGAAAUAA